CUGCCGCCAUCUCUCACAUCACUCGCAAUUGGCCAUAGAUUUAGCUCCUCGAUUCAUAGACAAGCACUACCUCAAUCAUUGACAUCUCUUAAGCUGGGCCACUCAUUCAACUCAAUGAUCAGCGAAGGAGUGUUACCAAGCUCACUCAUGACCCUGACCCUUGGUGCUUCAUUCAACCAGUUGAUCGAUGUUGGUGUGCUCCCGCCGUCACUCACCAGCUUGACAUUCAAUCAGUCAAGGUUCAACCAUCCACUCAGACCCGGUGUGCUACCUGGAUCACUUGGACAACUCACACUCGCGUACAGCUUUAAUCAAACGAUCACCAGAGACAUGUUACCCAACUCAUUGACAUAUCUAACGGUGCAUGCUCACACCGAUCAGAUAAUUGAGCUGCCCAACUCGUUGACUUUGAUCGAUCUCUCUUCCAUUCACAAAGUACUGGACACUAAUAAUGGGAUGCACACAGUCACCUAUAGUGAGCUCACGAGAUCACAGUUGCCUCUUCCUCAAUCGCUCACAUCACUCAGGAUCCGAGACUUUGGCAACUCCAUCCCACCUGGCUUUAUCCCAGAGUCGCUGUUGGAGUUGUCAUUUGAUCAGGCUCAGCCAGUGUAUCCUGGAAUGUUGCCGCCAACACUCCAGACAUUGACCUUUGGACAUGACUUUGACCAGCGGAUCGAGCCUGGCAUGCUACCGGCCUCUCUGACCGAACUGCGAUUUGGACAUAAGUUCAAAACAAGUCUCGAGCCUGGUGUGCUUCCUCCAUCGAUCACCUCAUUGAAGUUUGGCUAUUACUUCCAUGCUCUUACACAGGACAUUCUCCCAGCUUCACUCAUCUCGUUGGAUUUGCGUGAUUAUUGUGCUGUGUCCUUCCCAAGGAUCACCAACCUCACACUAUUAUCAUUCGAGUCGCUCAAGAAUAUCAAAUGCAUCAAUGGAGUUGGAUCGCUCACAAUUGCAAAGUGCCUCCAUGGGAUGACCAAAGUUGCCGUGCCGGUCAUUGGGUUCAAUCUGGAGACGCUGAGAAUCCACCUCGAUAAAUCAGUAAACACGCCCAGUGAGCUGAAGCGACGUGAACUGUUCAUCAAGAUGGUCAUGGGGAUCAUACCCAAUGUGGUCACAUAUCACUUUAUCAAUGUGGAUUGGAGUGUCCACGUUCGAAGGCCAGCGAGUGAUUCACGUCAUGCGCUAGUAAUCAUACGCACUAUGCCAUUCGACAAACAAACGAUACAAUUCAUCACACUUGAUCAGUCUGGUCCGUUGCCGACACGUUUGGUGGAAGAGAACCAACGGUUGAGGGACGAGUGCGAGCUACAACAGCAUCAAAUUGAAGAGUUAAACAAACAGGUUGCUCACUGGAAAUCAGAGUGCGAGCGACUCAUGGUGGCCCAGCGUGCAGUUCCUGAAGCCGAUGUGCCAACUUCUGAUAACAUGGAUUCAGCAAUGAACGAUGAUUUCACAGAGACACCAACAUCAACUACAACAUCCAAGGGGUACACAUCAUUCACCAACAAACGAAGAAGA